GCACAGCCGCCACUCCCUCCCGUCCCACCCCGCGAGCCACGCGCUGUCAGCUCCCAGCCGCCCCGCCUCCCGCCGCCGCCAUGCUUUCCCCUUCGGCCCUCCGCCGGCCCCUCGCCGCCGCCGCCCGCCUCGCCCGAGGCAGUCCUCAGGUACUCGCAUCUCUUGCUACAGGACCCAGACAGAAUAAUGGCAUUUUCUAUGAAAUUCGCACGUAUGAUGUUAAGCCAUCAAAGAUGAAGGAGUUUGUGGAACUGGUUCAUAAGUGCCUGCACCUCCGCACAGCUCACUCAGAGCUAGUGGGAUUCUGGACAGCAGAGCUGGGAUCAAUGAACAAAGCUGUGCACGUCUGGAAGUAUGAUAAUUUUGCCCACAGAACAGCUGUCCGGCAGGCACUAGCCAAUGACAAGGAGUGGCAGGGACAAUUCAUCUCUCCAGCUCUUCCCCUGAUAGAAAAGCAGCACAAUGAAGUUGCUUAUCUGGUACCCUGGUGUCAGCUUGGGAAACCUCCAAAGGAAGGGGGUGUGUAUGAAUGGGUUACUUUUCAAAUGAAGCCUGGUGGGCCAGCUCUGUGGGGUGAGGCAUUUCAAGCUGCAAUCAAUGCUCAUAUCAACACAGGCUACACCAAGCUAAUUGGUGUUUUCCACACAGAGUAUGGGUUACUUAACACAGUCCAUGUGAUCUGGUGGAACGAGAGCCCAGAUCACCGGGCAGCGGGAAGGCACAGGGCCCAUGAAGAUGCCAGAGUGGUAGCAGCUGUACGGGACAGUGUCAGAUUCUUGGAAUCCCAGCAGAAUAUGCUCCUGACUCCUCUGGCAUGCUCACCACUGAAGUAGCCUAAUGAAUGACGGUGGAAAAGCUGAGAUGGAUGCACCAUUGGCAAGAACCAUUGCGUGGAUCAUCACAGUCAUACCCUCACAAACUGUAUGGAUUUUCUUCAGAGUGGAUGCAAAAUGCUGAUCACCAGCACAGUAAAGUUCUGCACCCCUAUAGUUCACGGUGAUGGUCUGACGUCUGUAGAAGUAGAAUUCAGGUCGUAUCACUUCCAACAUGAAACUUAACUUUACAGAUCUUUAAUUUAACCCCUUCACUUUUUAAUAUUUUUCUGCAUAGCUGCUAGGGCCCGGUUAGAGGUUUUCCAAGGUUAUAGCUCAGGGCAGGUGACUUUUGUAAUCAUUGCAUCAAUCGUAUUACGUACUGGCUCAAGGAGUGCCCCCACGCAUCCUCAUAACACAAUUACAUUUUAAUCAAGCUUCUCAUUGGGAUGCUUUGUAUUAAUUCUUAGUAAUGUAAAACUUCAUUGUGCCUGGAAUUGUGUCAAGCAGGUGCUACAGUGUAGCUGGUUAGGUGGUGUUCUGAUUGAGUCUUUCCUAACCCCAACCCUUUAAUUUUAUAUCCUGUAAACACUUCUUUAACAACUGUAGUUUUGCUUAUUUUAAUACUUCUUCAGAGUGCUAAACUUGUGUAUCUCAAAUUCACCUCAUCUAUGCAUCUUUGAAAUACAGUCUGCCAGACUGUUGAAAACCAAAUAAAUUUGUAUAAAGUGAAAGUUACGGUGUUUACCAGUCAAGCUCUUCCUGUUUUGGACAUCCAGUAAAAACUAUUCUGCAAGUACAGGCUUCUGCAGGCUUUGCAUUUUGGGCAUCGUGGUCAUGGAGCCCUUAAGGUGUUUUUUGAUUUGCUACAUCGUGUAGCAGCAGAACAGAGGCUGCACAGGCUGUGAAGUUGGUUACACUGUGUGUAUACUGGUACGAAAGCACCCCCUGCUGAGGGGCUGUCCUUUAAUCUGAUGUUAGCUAAGAUUAAGGGUAUUUCAAACCUUUAUGCUCAAACACAACAUUUUGCCUUGGCAGUGAAAUUAGGUGUUGAAUAUUUAUAGCAAAGAGCAGUUAUCAAUAUGGCUGCAUCUCUGUGACAGAAACAUUCUGGGGCAGGUACCUGACUUUGGGUUUAAUAUCCAGAUAGGUCUGCGAUGCCUACAAGCUCUGUAGCUGAAUUUGACAGUUGCACAGAUUAUCUUCUGCUGGAUUUGUUAGAGACCUUUUUCAUUUAAGUAAAUGUAGAAGCUUGAAGCAGUGCUUGCCUUUCAAAUCUUGGACCACCUCACUUACCUACCUGAAAAACACAUGCCCCAUGUUAAUCUGUGGUGAUGCUGGAACCUGCGCAUACAUUAUGCAUGAAAGUUCACACCAAACGAAAACGGGGCCACAUGAACUUCUGAACAGCACUCUUCAAAAAAGUACAUGCAUAAAUGACACUUUGCAGACCAAGGGUUCCAGAACAGCUUUAUUUUUUACUUAAUACAAGGCAAUUAGAGUGCCUCUUAAUACUUCACAUAACAGUUAUUAGCAAAUACAAAUAUAGAUACUUUUUUUUUUUUUUUUUCCUUUAAUGAAAAUGUCCACGUAAGGAUUUAACUCAGAAAUUUCAGUUGUGAAAUCUCACUCGAUUUUUGCAAAGUUAACAGAUAUUCCAGUGCAAAAAUAGAUCCCAUUACAGAUAGCAUAAAGUGCUUGGAAUGAAGGACCAACUACAGUUCAGGAGGCAAAGAUAAGCACAAAGUGGUGGUUUAACCAUGGGGGAAAAGUGUAACAACUCCAUACUGAAAUACAAAUGUACUAUAAAGAAGGGUGCAAUAUUUCAACAGUAACACAGUUUAAAAUAAGUUAACACCUCAGUGCAGUUCCAUUAUCCAGAGUGGUUGACAAUCAUACUGUACGUGACUCGAGUGAUUUUUCCCUAUGCAGAACUAUAAGAAUAGGCAAAUGGUUGUCUGAGGUUAUCCAUGACAAAUCUGCACAAGAGCUGUUUUAUGCUGUCUGUUCAGUAUGACUACAAGUAACAAACAAGAUGGACUAAAGCUGUGAAACAGUUCAGGUAACAUCCACGUCUUUCUUUUUGUCACAGAUAUCAAACUUGACCUGUGAGAGACUAUGAGCAAGACACUCACAGGACACAGGAACCAAGAAUCUCUUUUUGGCCAGCUAAGCUAAAAAAGACACCGUUGUUUCCUGCAAAAUUAGUCAUUUAAUAUGAGCAGUUGCAAAGAGCAAACUACACCUCUUUUAAGACCAAAUAUGAAUCCUCCUAGAACUCGCUGUAGUUCUACAUGCACUAGAUCCGUGCACUGCAAAACUUAAGCCCUUCACUUCUGUCUCUAUGCUGAGAUUUUCACUUAAUUCUGAUUUGCAAUAAUGAUUUCUAGCAGUGGUAAGUAUUCACUACAUGCCAUUUGUCUCACUGAUGGCUUAACAUACGAGCAGCCUGCUGUUGAAAAGUCAUGGCUGUAGCUCAGCUGCUUGGUAAUAGUUCUGCACAUAGAAGUUUGGUGCAGACAUCCUCAUGGGGGUAAGGGUGCCACAAAGGUAAAAACAAAGCAUGUUUUAUGUGAGGUAUACCAAUCCCCAUCACUCUCCUUUCUAUCCCCGUAGCAAUGUAAUAGACAGAUAAAAAAUAAUUAGUAUGAAAAAGGCACUUCAGCAGAACAUGUAGUAAGCUAUUAUGUUAUCCAAAAGUAGGGCACAGCAGGGACAGGGGACUUGUGCUAAAUAUUUAACUGUCCGUGCAUUAAAAAUGCUGAAUUGGUCAGUGUUAUCAAGUACACCUAGAAAUAUGUACUCAACCUUCUUAAGGCUCACUCCAGCCUCUUCACCACUGUUGUGCUGCUAUGGGCAUUCAAAGAAGAAAAUGGUCCAUGACGCAUUCAUGGUGGAGCAUUAAAAUUGAGUGCAGAGCUUGCACAGGUACUUAAGGCAGAGGCAUGACACACAGGAAUUGCCCAGGAACUAUGCUUGGGUUCAUACCACAUUACUGAACCUAUUUCUGAAUGCAAAAGCGAGACAGAAGGGCACAUAAGUUUAUUAACGAAAGCGUACUCUCCAAUGGCUGUUGUACAAGAUGAACAAGAACUGCUUGUUCUCACCAUGUAAUCUUUCCUCUACCAUUAUUCUGGCCUUGUAAAACUUUACAACUUGAUUGCUGUCAUUUGUGGCUCUCCUACUCGCAGUUUCUCACAUGAAUUAAGAGUGUGUGCUCCAGUUAGGGAUUGCCUGCCAACUGACACUACACUGCACAAUGGAAGCAGAAACUUGCACAUUAAUCUAAUAUUAUACCAGCUUCCAUGACAGAAAAUUUUACGUGAACAACUCGUAAUACAGAUAGUGGCUAAUUGCAAGAGAGUGAAACCUGCCUGCAUCACGAAUGGAGCUGUUGCUGAAUAGAGAACGAAAGCACAGCAUUGCAGGCAUAAAGAAAUACUUGGGUUACAAAGAUCAACUGAAAGCACUUUCAAUCCCUAAUUAUGCUACCAACCUAUUCAAAGUCAUAUAAAUAAUACUGUUAAAAAAAAAAAAAAUCUACAUUUCUAGUUUUAUCUGGCAAAGCCAGAAAUGGCAACACUCUUUUGCUAAGCAGUAA